AUGGCCAGGGUGCGGGGUGUAGAUAAGGCGGCGGACCGGAUGGUCGGCGCGCUGCACACUGCUGCCCUUUCAGGGUCUUCCAAGCCACUGGUGCGGUCGACGCUGUAUACGGUGCAAGGCGAAGACGAAAAGAACCACACGAUUCUCUCGUGGCGCACACAGGAAUACGCGUUCCGGCAGUUUAGCCAGGACCGCGACGAGCUCCCGACGCUCGCCCGGGGCCUCUUUACCGAAGAGGUCACUGAGGACGACGGCGUGCACCAGCGCAUUGUCGUGCGUGGGUACGACAAGUUUUUUAAUGUCGGCGAGCUCGCCUGGACGCAGCCCGCAGCGAUUGCGGCCUAUUCCCAAGGGCCGUACGUGGUGUCGUACAAGGAGAAUGGAUGUAUCAUCUUUGUGUCGGCGCUCACGCCUGCACGCCUGCUGGUGACAUCCAAGCACGCGAUCGGAAGCCGCCCGGACGAAGACGAAAAGGUGAGUCAUUCGGAAAUGGGCCGCACCUGGCUCCUGCGCCACCUCGAGCGCAGCAGCAAGACAGAAGAGGACCUGGCACGGGAUCUCUGGGACCGCAAUGAGACGGCGGUAAUGGAGCUAUGUGACGAUGCAUUUGAGGAGCACGUCCUCGCGUAUUCCCAGGAGCGUUCCGGCCUGCACCUACACGGCUUGAAUGCCAACGCGGUCGACUUUGCGACGCGCCCUAUGGAGGAGGUGAACGCUUUUGCAGAGACCUACGGGUUUUUGCCGGUGCGCUUCCGCACGUUUGCCACGCUGGACGAGGUCAACGCAUUCGCUAAAGAGGUCGGCAAGACGGGCUCGUUGCACGGCGAGCCCAUCGAGGGGUUCGUCGUACGUACGACGAUGCCCUCGGCGCCGAACGCAGACGUGGUCUCGCCGCCGUACGCGCCGGGCCAGACGUGGUUCUACAAGAUCAAGUUUGACGAGCCGUACUUGAUGUACCGCGACUGGCGCGAGCUUACGCGGAUGAUGAUCCGCGACCAUACCGCAUGGACGGCGGCGCACCCUCCUACCGAGGCCCUGGAAAAGGUAUCGCUAGAAGAGCCGGUGCCCGAAAAAGACCAGGACAUGACGCCUUCGCCGGCCAUCCUCGAGGCGACGCGCAAAUUUGAAGAGGGGCUCAUUAGCAAAAAAGAGCUCAAGCGUGUCCAAAGGAAUGCGGAGCGCAAGGUGCAACAAAAGACCCAGGCCAAGGCCAAGGCGGACCGCGCUGCAGGCCUUCUUCCCCCGGCGCCUCCGACGCCACGCUCGCUGCGCAAAGAGACUUGGCUCUACGUGCAAUGGUGCUUUGACCUGCUUUAUGGCAACGAGGAGCGUGGCGUCGCGGCCGAGCCGGAGCUUUUCGCUGCUUUCAAUGAAGGCCACGGUAUCAUUGGGCUCCGUGAGCGUUUCCUGGCCUACCUCGAGACGCCCCAAGGCAAGGCGGAGCUGACCAACGUCGGUGGGCGAGGCGCCUCAGCCGCGCGCGAUCUGCGUCUCGAUGACCGGCCAUUUGGCAAGACACUCAUUGUCCCUAUGGCUGUGCCGGGAUGUGGCAAGACGGCGCUCGGCGUCGCCCUUUCGCGCCUUUUUCCGUGGGCCCAUACCCAGAGCGACAAUGUGAUGAACAAGCGCACCGGCCCCGCUUUUUUGAGCAACGUGCAAAUGGCGCUGGAGAGCAACGACGUGGUGAUUGCUGACCGCAACAACCAUCUGUUGAAGCACCGUGACGAGAUUGUGGAUGUUGUGCGCCGCAUCAGCGGGCCGACCAAGUCCGGCGAGCAGGGGCCGCGCAUCCGCCUGGUCGCGCUCGCCUGGCGUCUCGACGGCAUGCCCCAUGCGGCCGUGCAGCACGUCUGUGCCUCGCGCAUCAUUGAUCGCGGAGAGCGCCACCAGUGCAUUCGUGUCGAGGACAGGGAUGCUCCGUUCCAGUACGAUUCCAUCCUCACGCGUUUCCUCAAGGAAAUGCAGGCCUUCCAAGGGCUGACCGACGGCGAGGGCAGCCUCGGUGCCUCGGACGACCAGUUCACCGAGGUGAUUUGGAUGGACCUGCACGAAUCGCUCGACGAGGCACUGCGGCGUGUCCUCUCGGUGCUGUGCCCCAUGCUCGAUCUGCCGAUGCCGGAAGACGCGGCGAUCGAGUCUGCGCUGGAGCAGGCACGUACCUACUCGCCGUCGACAAAAAAGGCGCUGCCGGAUGUCGUGCGUGAGGACCCGACCAAGGUCCUUCCGUCGUCGUACAUUGGCAUCUUUGCACACACGGAUGCAGCCGAGUUUGCUGAACAGUGCAUUGGCAUGCUCCCCGAAAAUGUCCGGGAGAGUGCCGCGGAGCUUUUGAAGGCGAUGAGGCGCAACGGCCGCGUCGCCCGCCGUCAGCACAUCACGGUCGUGCACCGUGGCGAUGCAGAUGAAAAGGCUAAUGCGCUAUGGGAUACGUUGUACCCGAUCUCGAUUCGCAACACGGUCGAGCGCCCAACGUAUACUAUGCGUGUCACGGCCCUUGUAUGGAACGAGCGCGUAAUGGCGCUCGAAAUCGGAUCUAUGCGCUCUGCGGCGCUUCCCGAAGUCACCGAGGGGUCCUUGAAAGAACGUGGCCGAACGCCUCACAUUACCGUCGGGACGCGCAACUCUUCUGUGCAAGCCUACGAAGCCAACCAGCUAUUUGCUCCCGGUGCCAACGCACACCGUGUCGAGGUCGAGCCACGCGACAUUUUCGGUGUCUUGGGCUUCUAUAGCAAUCCAAAAUAG